AUGGAGCCGGUGGGCAGGGGCGGGGACGGGGACGGCGGCGGCGGAGGCCGCGGGAGGGGCUGGAAGGGGAAGGGCGUGACCUCGGGCUCCGCCGCGGGCAGGCAGCUGGCGCCAGUUUUAGAAGACGCGCCGGCCGCCGCAUUGCUCCGGCCCCUGAAGAAGAUCCGCAGCCCGGACCGCCGCCUCAACCGCUCCCUGUCCUCGCUCUCGUCGGCUCCGCCUUCCCCUGACUCGUCCUCUGUUUCCAACCCCUUGUCGCCGCCGGCAACGUCGUUGCCAUCGACGCGACACAUAUUUCCGUUCGCGUACGAUCAGGCUCCGGCGGCUUCGACGGCAGCGGUGGUGCCAGCGUCCACUGCUGGGUCGCCGAGGCUCCUGCCGCUGCUGCAGUACUCCAGCGUGUUCCAGCAGCCUCUGCCGCCGCAGCAGCAUCAGCAGCCUUUGCAGCACCAGCAGAUAAUUUCGUUCGGAAGCAGCGAGCAGCCGCACCAACAGUUCGGGGCGGCGGCAGCGGCGGCGGCUCCUCUGUUCCCGCCGCAGCUCCUGGCGCCGGAGGUGCAGCAGCAAAUGCAGCUGCGCUACUGGAGCGAGGCGCUGAACCUGAGCCCCCGCGGGUUCCGCGGCGGGGCCGUGCCACCGGCGCUGUACCAGCAGCUGCUGCUGCGCGCGCAGGGCCCGCCCACCAAGCUCUACCGCGGCGUGCGGCAGCGCCACUGGGGGAAGUGGGUGGCGGAGAUCCGCCUCCCGCGGAACCGCACGCGCCUGUGGCUCGGCACCUUCGACACCGCCGAAGACGCCGCCAUGGCGUACGACCGCGAGGCAUUCAAGCUCCGCGGCGAGAACGCCAAGCUCAACUUCCCCGACCUGUUCCUGGGCAAGGGCCGCGUCGGCGGGAGCGGGCGCACCAGCGCCAGCGCGGCGGCGUCAUGCUCCUCCUCUUCCUCAUCUUGUCCGCCGACGCCGGACGAGAAUCACACGAAGCAAGCGCAGCAGCAUGACGGUGAGCAGCCGUGCAACAGCGAAGCCAAGCCUCUGCUCCCGGAAACAGAGCAGGCAAAGAGCUCGGAACCCGAGCCAAAUCCUCAGCUCCAGUCGGCCGAUCACCAAGGCGGUGACGGCAACACGGUCAUGUUUCAGCCGUCGGUGGCGUCGGGCGGCGUGUGGGGUCCCGCCGACGAGGCGUGGUUCAGCGCCUGGGGCCCGGGCAGCUCCGUGUGGGACUACGACAUGGACAACGCCCACGGCCUCUUCCUCCAGUCUCGCUUCGCCAGUGAGACGACCAGCAUGGACUACGUGUCCAUCACGCCGGAAGCCCCGGCGGCACCGGCAGCAGGGACCGCCAUGGCCUCCGCUGCCUCCCUUUCUCCUCCUCCUCCUCCCCGCAGUCCAACCUACAUGUGGAAGGACUGA